UGUGUGAGAGGGACGUACAGGUGGCCGGGUCAGUGCGGUCACGUGAUGCAGCGGGCGCCAGUCAGUCAGUCAGUCACGGGCAGUCAGGCGCUGGUGUCUCUCAACUCGCAUAUUCCACUGAUGCUUCCUGUGAUGAUGAGAACAACGAGGACAUUGCUAGUGAUGGUGAUGGUGGUGGUGGUCCAGGGGGCGUCUGCUGGUGCUGGCUUCCUCCACACGCCUCUCGGCCGCCACUUCUUCACCGCCUUCCUCAGGACACACCAAGUUGCCGGCGCCAAUAUCUUCGUCACACCAGAGACCGUGGGUCAGAGCGUCCCUGUCUCCGUGGCCCGCGAGGUGUCAGCGGAGGGCGCCUGUAGCCUGUCGGUGGUGGUGGUGAGGACGGCCAAGGACGUGGAGGCCACGCUACGGAGGAACCGUGGCGAGGGUCUCAGCGUGGCCCUGCUGGACACCCCGCAGCAGGCAGCCGUCUUUGUCCAGGUGAGUGAGGCGUCGCUGCUGAGUCAAUCCGCCUGGCUGGUGCUCGGUGCCUUCACGGCCUUCGAGGAGCUGCAGAGGAAGCCCGUGCUGCCUGUCGACAACCUGGUCACAUUUGCAUCAUUUAACACCACCACCACCAUCACCACCACUCCUACCCCGAACAUCACCACCACCACCACCAUCACUCCUGCCCCCAACACCACUACCACCACCUCUACCACCACCACCACCACCAACAACAACAACCCCAGAGUCGUCCUGUUCGAAGCCUAUGCAGUGCGCCACGACCUGCCGCUGGUGAUGAAGAGGCUCGGGGAGUGGCGGGGCUUCAGGAGGGAGGUGCCCAUGCCCAGGGAGGACUGGAGCGAGAGGAGGACCAACCUGACGGGGCUCCACCUGCGCUGUGUCACGAUGCCGCAAGCCCCCUUCGUGUAUGUCUCCAAGCCUGACGAAGACAACAACGUGGAGAUUACUGGAGGCUUCGCUAAGGACAUCUGGGACGGCCUGCAAGAAAUUCACGGCUUCACGUACUCGUGUAAGCUGCCCGCGGACCGUAACUUCGGGAUAGUGACGGGUGAUGGCAAGUGGACCGGCCUGGUGGGGGAGCUGGUGGAGGGCCGCGCCGAUGUGGUGGUGACGUCGCUAGACCACAACGAUGAGCGGGCCAAAGCCGUCUCCUUCCUCAUAGGCCUCAGGGAGAUCGGGUACCGUCUGGUGGCCCGCCGCCCCGGCCUGAUGGACCAGACGUGGACGAGCUUCACGAGCGAACUGGUGCCGGACGCCUGGCUGGGCACCGUGGCCUUCACACUGCUGGCGCCGCCCUUCCUCGUGCUGUGCUCCGUUGUCUCCCCCUUCGAGACGGAGCGGGUCACCUUCAAGGACGCCUACAUCCUCGCCAUCGGGGCCUUUGCUGUGCAGGGCUCCUGGCUUGAGGUGCGCAGCAUGUCGACGCGCAUCGUGUUCAUCACCAUCUUCGUGGCCACGCUGGUGGUGUACGCGCACUACACCAGCGCCCUCGUCGCGCUCCUCACAGUCACCUCCACCAGCGUCGGGUUCUCCAGCCUCCAGGACCUGCUGGCCGACGGCUCCUUCCGCCUCGGCUUCACGGCGGGCACGCUACUGGAGCAGGAGUUCAAGAACGCGCGCCACUCACUCUUCCAGGACGUGUGGGAGAAGCUGGUGGCGCCCUUCCCCGGCAACCUGGUGACCGACGACCUGGAGGGCAUCAGCAAGGUCGCCAACGAAAAGUACAUCUACUUAAUCGAGGAGAACAUCUUCAACUCCAAGUACGGGGAACUCUGCCGCGUGAUGCUGGUGAAGGGGAGCUACUUCACCGCGCAGACAGGCUUUGCGCUCCCCCACGACUCACCGCUCACCAAGAUCUUCGACGCCCAACUAUUUAGGCUGAGGGACGGCGGGCUCCUGAGUCGCGCCUGGCGUCGGUGGCAGCCCGUCAUGACGCACUGCACGGCGCAACAGGUGGUGGCCAUCAACCUCAACCACCUGUUCACCGCCUUCCUGCUCCUCCUGCUGGGCAUCAUCGUCUCCCUCACCCUCCUGCCCUGCGAGAGGCUACACUGGAAGACCGUGGGCAAGCGGAAGGCAGUGAGGACCCAGCAGAUGAAGGCCCUACACGACAAGGGCCUCGUCCCCCCCCUACCGCCGCCGGACAUCCUCUACCACCCCAGCAGCAGCGGAGAGCUUGCCUUCGCUCGCCGCUACCGGUUCAACACGCAGUACAGUCCGCCCAUCGUCCCUUCCAUCACUUACUAGGCCUGUGAGUGUGCCACGUGCCAGAUUGUCGUACUUAGACUCCAACAUAUCCUGAUUUCCUACCCAAAUACCGUCUCCUCCCAAUAACUAGAUUCAGUCAUAGUUAGUAUUAUAUUGGUUGGUUGUUGGUGUUUUUUUUGCAGAUGUCAUGCCUCGGAAACUGGUAAAUAUGAUGUUCUGAGUACGAUAAUCUGACAACGGUGUGAGUGUGUAUAAAGCGUGUAUUGUGUAGUAUAGCAGAGUUGCGUAGAGUAUAUUAGUGUAGAGGACCGUAAUGAUUUCGCUGUGCCUUGGCUAUGAAAGCAGCGCCACACUCGGCCACCUGGAGAACUGUCAAAGAGGUACUUGUCCUUGUGAAUUCGGUUCUUUUUCCUAUUUCGGCAUCCCGGAAUACAAGUUACUGUGUCGAGCCAAAUGUCCAAACACGGUACCGGUUGUUCGGUGAAUAAAAAUAUACAUUACUCGAACGUUUUAAGGUUUGUCGUAUGUAAGCGGUCCCGUAUCUACCUCGUGAACAGCAAAAGGCAACAUGAGCUACUUCGUCUCUUCAGUAUUUCGCUCAUGGCUGUAUUUUCCUUUCUCGCAUCUGUAGCAUAAUUUAAUUUGAUGUUAAAUGGACAUUAUUUUUGAAGUGUGGUUAUUCGACUUUUGCUCUUCACAUUAGUGCUUUACAUACACGGUGCUGCGGGACCUCAUUAGUACACUGGUGGGAUGAGUCGGCGUCAAUACUCUCCUCUUUUGAUGUCACUAAGAUAACUCUGUACCACUUACCCCGAAGAAGAAACCGAGGGACUUGUGUAACGGGGCUAUGUCGGUCGGCCAGAGAAGGCUGUCUGUUUCUUGGUGUGAGGUGUGGUAGGCAACACCGAAACUGUAAAAAGAAAGUUGGUAAAUAAAGGACAAAGCGUCGCCAUUGCUAUGUAGACGCAUGCGAGGGGCCUCAAGCGGCAAAGAAGCGAACUGAUAGCCACUACGAUCUAUCAACGUCUUUACCGUCACUUACUUGGCGUGUGAGUACCGGGCCUUUUUUUCACGUUUGUUACCUUUUUUUAUGCCCUUGAACUGACUCCUCUGCUGUAAAAAAAAAUAGUGUAUUAUUAGUAGAGCAGCGUAGAAUAUAUUAUUGUAGAGAAGAAGUAGGUGUAUAAAUUGCCUGCUGGUAGUUGGGUGUUAGAUGUAAAUAUGAUGUAUAAGAAUGUAUUUGGCGAAUCUGUGGCUUUUACUGUAUAGGGUUGUGUAGUAGACUUAGGUAUGAUGUAUUAGUGUGUUUACUGUAGUAUUGUAUAUCGUGAACCAGUUUCGAUAUUGAGGCAUUCUGGCGCUCCUUUAAAAGAACAUCAAGUCUUAAGGAACACGAUGAUGAUUCCUGAGAACAAAGACUACCUCCCUUGUCGAGUUUCGGUCUUUUUCCUUCCCUUGUUCCCAUAGUUUUUUUUCCUUCACUGGCACGCCAUUGUUUGUCGUCUCUGUGCUUGUUUUAAUUUCGGAAAGCUUCAAACGAGGAAGGCAAUAACGUUACAGCAGAAGGAGUUAAGGAAUGAAGGAAGGAAGGAGAGAUGAAAUAAAGACAGAUUGGAAGAACGGAACAAGGAGGAGGAAUUUAUAUAAAGUUCACAUCCAUUUCUCUUUUGUAUUGCUUAUGUCUUUUAACUGUUACAUAUUAAGGAGCAACAUAAGAUUAAACGAGGAAGGCAAUAACGUUAAAGCAGAAGGAGUUAAGGAAAGAAGGAGAGAUGAAAUAAAGACAGGUUGGAAGAACGGAACAAGGAGGAGGAAUUUAUAUAAAGUUCACAUCCAUUUCUCUUUUGUAUAGCUUAUGUCUUUUAACUGUUACAUGUUAAGGAGCAACAUAAGAUUAAACGAGGAAGGCAAUAACGUUAAAGCAGAAGGAGUUAAGGAAUGAAGGAAAGAAGGAGAGAUGAAAUAAAGACAGAUUGGAAGAAUGGAACAACGAGGAUUUUAUAUAAAGUUCACAUCCAUUUCUCUUUUGUAUAGCUUAUGUCUUUUAAGUGUUACAUGUUAAGGAGCAACAUAAGAAGAUCAUUUUGUUCAUGUACUUUUUAUUUCAUCCAUUACGACGUCUACAUUAUAUAACAUGACAUUUGAGAGGAGUACACACUCGACAAAUCAACACCUCACACGUGAAUCACACCUGUACGGUCGAGGAAGGUGCAUAAUAUCCACGAAGACUACCAUGUCACCUUCACCUCCAUCAUCAUCAUCAUCAUCCUCUCUAAAUGCUGAUCUACUUCACAAUAGCACCUUCUAACUUUAUCCAUUAUCUCGACAAUUCUUCUAUUCACCAUCUUUACUGAGUCUACUAUUACAAAGCCACUAACAAGCAUUUGCUAGGUUUAUGCUCUUCCCUUUAACCCUUCUAUAAUAACUUACGACCAAUGCAUUCGGCGGCCAGUAUCCUAACUUCUAUACCUGUUUUUUUUUUUGCUACCUGAUCCUGCCUACCUGUAUAUCUUGCUACCUGAAAGUUAUGAUGCGUUCUUGUCUAUGUUGUGCUUGCUACAUGAUGCACAGUUACUUCACCGGUACAAGACCAUUAUUUAUUAUUAUUAUUAUCAUCAUCAUCAUCACUGUUAUCAUCAUCAUCAUCAUCGGUGAGAAAAUUAUAAUAAUGAGUUUCGUGGUUCUCAUUCUCAGCUAAAUCUAAGAAAACACAAUUAUAUAUUUGAAGUUAACACACACACACACACACACACACGCACACACACACACACACACACACACACACAUAAA